AUGAUUACGUUGUCGAGCUCAUAUAAUAACAUAGAUGAAUACGUAAAAGAUCUCAGCGGAUUCAUUGAAACGCCUCUAGUCCGUCAGAUUACUGGGGAUAUCCACGUCAACGACUCACUCAUCUACGAUGCCUGGGACGCCCUGCCCAGUGACUGGGCAUCCUGGUGGGCUUCGUUUCCAGAUCAUCGCAUAGCUCAACAAGACUUGAUCGACAGCAUCGAAGAGUCAGAACCCUCCUUGCCGGAGAAUGACAAAGUAGAUGAAGGCCGACGACAUCAACCCUUGCCAGACAGGCCAGAGUCGCUGUCUAAGUGGCUCAAGAGCAUCCGGUCCCUCGCCCUUCCACGAGACCAACGCCCCAACAAGACCAUAGCACUUCCAGAGAUCCUCACAGGUCGCAUGAAGACCAAAAAGAUUGCAGAAGUCUCCACCGCCGCAGCAUACAUCCACAACGUCUGCCAAACAAACAAUAUAACCCACAUCAUCGACAUGGGCUCCGGCCAAGGGUACCUCUCAAUCGCACUAGCCUACCUCUUCCCAGAGCUCCACGUACUAGCCAUAGACGGCAGCGAGUCCCAGAUCGCAGCCUCAAAAGCCUGCGCGGCUAGUCUCGGUAUUCCCGAAAGCAGAAUUCAGCAUAUGCGGCGCUACAUCGACGGCACGCCACCUUUGGCGGAUGAAAUAGCUGCCUGGGCCGGACGGGAGAGGUGCAUGCUCGUCGGCCUCCACGCGUGCGGCAAUCUCUCUGAGCAUAUGCUGCGGUACUUUACCACGGUUCCAUUCAUCGUGUGUCUGGGUGCCGUCGGAUGCUGCUAUAACCAUAUCGUCCCGCGUUCCGCCAGUUGUCCUGAUGGAUUCCCUAUCAGUUCAAAGAUGCGAGAGGAAAACGUCACGCUGAGUGCUACGGCGCUUAUGACGGGCUGUCAGGCGCCGAAUAACUGGGAAAGGGCGGAUCCGAGCAAAGAAGAGUCGGUGUAUUCCAAACGGCGCUUCUACCGAGCCUUGUUGGAGAAGAUUUUCCACGAUAAAGGGAUAAAACUCGAUAAGGAGGAUAGACCUGUGUGGGGUGUGCGGAAGGGAGACAUGGCUAGCUUUAAUGCGUUCGCACGCAGAGCAAUGGGGUGCCUCAACAUUGACGAGAGCAAAAUCAGUGAUGCUGACCUGUCGGUUUAUGAGGCAAGGUAUCGAGGGUAUGAGGGCAAAGUGGCGAUCCUUUGGACGCUCAGUGUCCUGUGCUGCAAGGUCGUCGAGAGCGUGAUUGCUCUAGAUCGGUACUUGUUCCUGACGGAGAACGGAGCGCACCAUGUUGAUGUUGUGCCGAUCUUCAAUUACAGAAUAUCACCACGGAAUCUGAUGCUGGUGGCUGAUAAGGCAUAG